UCUUUGUUUUCUCAUAUCCAACUCUUACUAGCUGCAGCACUUGGGCAAGAAGAAAUGGCUGCCAAGAGUUUGAUUUUUCUAGGACUUGUCUUUGCUAUAAUUCUUGUUGUCUCUUCCCAUGUUGUUUCGGCUCGUAACGACCCCGGCCUCCCUCAAACUGAGGGCGACGUGCAAGUGGACGGAUGGCAUGACCACCACCAUCACUACCACCACCACUGCCACUACCCCCACUGCCAAGAGCUAGAGGCCGACGGGGAUCAUACUGAGGCUCAAAGCCAUGAAGAAGCUGGAAAGAAAGCUGCCAAAUCAAGCGAUGGUGCAGAAGUAGACGGACACUACAAGCACAAACCAAAGAAGUGCAAACAUUGGCCACAUUGCUAAGGUUGCUCGAAAGCCCGACUACUCAUAAUAUAUACUGUUUGUAAUGACUUAUGGUUAAUUGGUGUUUGAGGUCAAAAUAAAACUGUCAUGAGCUCAGGAGAGUUCUCGUUUGAUUAUGGUUUGGUGAUUAAUAUGUAGUGUUUGAAGUAUUGGUUGCAAUACUAUGUAGUUUGGCUGUAUGCAUACUAUUUAAGUGAAUAAAGGUGUCUUUAUGUUAGGUUCUU